AAAAUAAAAAUAAAAAAAAAUAUAAAUUAAAAAAAAUAUGGCUAGAACUAAAUAAACUGCUAGAAAAUCAACUGGUGUUAAAGCUCCAAGAAAAUAAUUAGCUAGCAAAGCUGCUAGAAAAUCAGCCCCAAUAUCAACUGGAGGAUUAAAGAAGCCUCAUAAAUUCAGACCAGGAACUGUUGCUUUAAGAGAAAUAAGAAAAUACUAAAAAACAACUGAUUUGCUGAUUAGAAAACUCCCAUUCUAAAGACUUGUUAGAGAUAUUGCUUUGGAAAUGAAAAAUGACGUUAGAUUUUAAUCCUAAGCCAUCUUGGCUUUGUAAGAAGCUUCCGAAGCUUAUUUAGUAGGACUUUUUGAAGAUACAAAUCUAUGCGCUAUACAUGCAAAAAGAGUUACUAUAAUGACUAAGGAUUUACAUUUAGCUAGAAGAAUUAGAGGCGAAAGAUUUUGAAUAACUUAAAAAAAAAAAAUUGAACAAUAUAAAAGAAAAUAUAUUAAAUUCAAUAUAUUAAUUAUAUAUUAUAUAUAUGUUUUUUAUUAUUAAUUAUUUUUACAGUUUUUUAUAUAUUUUCUUUUCUUUUAAUUGAAAAGAGUUUUUUUAUAAUAUAAAUAUGUUUUUUAAAA